UAAAAAUCUUCAUUACCGAAAAUUCGCGACAGUUUAAUUGAAGAAGCGUUUAUAUGAUCAACAUGAGAGUUUCAAACCUCCUUACAAAGUUAUUGUGUACAGUUGGUCUGCUGGCAGUGGCAUUUGCCGAUAAUCCUUGUGCUAAAAUAAAAAACGGUCAGUUCAUCUGUGUUGAUUGUGAAACUUUGGCGGUGUGCUUACAUGAAGACGAUCAGUGGCAUACAAUGACAGUUCAACAAUGUGACGGCGACAGACAGCUUUAUUGUGAUGAAGAAGCAAGGCAUUGUACUAGACAGAAGACAUGUGGAGUGCCAACUACUUCUUUUCAAUGUCAAAAUCCUGGCCUAUAUCCAGAUCCAUAUAACUGUAAAUACUACCACGAAUGCAACACUUCAAAUGAACACAUACGUCAUGUGUGCCCCAACAAUUAUGGUUACUCGGUAACUGCAAAAUCUUGUGUUGUUAGAUCCAAUCAACAGGAUUGCAAAAAUAUACAGUUUAAGUGUGAACAUAGUGGAGACAUGGGUGCCUGGCCCGAAGAUCCAAAUAUUUACUACAUUUGUGUUACUAAACAUUUGAAGAACACAAAGUUAACAUAUCCACUAUUGUAUCGUUGUGAUGAUGGAUAUAUUUUCACAAACGGCAAAUGUGUAAUUUCAGAGUCUAAAGUAACAACACCAACCCAGGCUGAAAAAACCACAGUGAACACCAGUUGCAUUGCAAAUCAGCUGAUUGCGAAUCCAACAAAUUGUCAUGGUUAUUAUUCCUGCAAAAAUGGAGAACUUAAACCAUAUGAUUGUCCCAAUGGUUCAUAUUUUGAUAGCACUAAACUGACAUGUGUAAAGGGUAAUUGUUAAUCGGCGUUGCUACAGAAAACUAUACAAAAUUGUAGUACUCCAUUAGGACUUACAUUUUUUGUAUUACAAUUUACUAAUUAUUAAAUUACUAACAAUAAAAUAGAAGUUCUUAGCAACUAA